AUGCCUCCAAUAUGGCGUCCCCCAUGUAGGCACUGGCUGUGGUUUCCACGGCAGGUGGCUAGUGUAGUUCUGAGCAGCAGCUGGGGUUACGCUAGACUGCGCUGCGGAAGCAGCAAAGUUUAUUCCUGGUUACGGCUCCAGGAAAGCCACACUUCUCUGAGGGUUUGGAAUCUCCGUUUCCUUUUAGAUUCUGAAAGUUUCUCCUCAGCCCUUGUUUGUUUCCCGUGUCAUUUCUGGACACCUUGCUCAGGUCCCUGACCCUCUCAGACUCAAACUAUGAGCCUCCGGCAGCUGCUGUUGCGCUUGUCCGGUUAUCUCGGGGCUUCUGGUCCCCCAAAUCGCCAGUGGUGGUGCUUCCGAUCCCUCGACACCAUCUCCUCGGUAGGCUCCUGGCGUGGUCGGUCCUCCAGGUCUCCAGCCCAUUGGAACCAAGUGGUGUCAGAGGCAGAGAAGAUCGUGGGCUAUCCCGCAUCCUUCAUGAGCCUCCGCUGCCUGCUGAGCGACGAGCUCAGCAACAUCGCUAUGCAGGUGCGGAAGCUGGUGGGGACUCAGCACCCUCUGCUUACCACUGCCAGGGCCCUUGUGCAUGACAGCCGUCAUAACCUACAGCUGCGAGGCCUGGUCGUGCUGCUCAUUUCGAAGGCCGCAGGGCCCAGCGCUGGGCACUCUUCGUGUCAGAACUAUGACAUGGUCAGUGGGAUCUAUUCAUGUCAAAGAAGUUUGGCAGAGAUCACGGAACUUAUCCAUACUGCUCUCCUGGUGCAUCGUGGGAUAGUAAACUUGAAUGAAUUGCAGUCAGCUGAUGGACCACUGAAAGACAUGCAGUUUGGAAACAAAAUAGCUAUCCUGAGUGGAGACUUCCUUCUAGCAAAUGCCUGCAAUGGACUAGCUCUUCUACAGAACACCAAGGUUGUGGAGCUUUUAGCAAGUGCUCUUAUGGACUUGGUGCAUGGAGUAUACCAGGAAAACUCUGCUUCCACCAAGGGGAAUUCUAUCACAGAUGAUAUUGGGAUGUCGACCUGGAAGGAACAGACUUUCCUGUCCCAUUGCGCCUUGCUGGCCAAGAGCUGCCAGGCUGCCAUGGAGCUAGCAAAGCAUGAUGCUGCCAUCCAAGACAUGGCGUUUCAGUACGGAAAGCACAUGGCCAUGAGCCACAAGAUAAAUUCUGACCUCCAGCCUUUUAUUAAAGACAAGACCAGUGACUCUAAGACUUUUAACCUAAACUCAGCGCCUGUAGUCUUACAUCAGGAGUUUCUUGGAAGAGAUGUGUGGAUGAAGCAGAUCGGAGAGGCUCAAGAGAAAGGAAGAUUGAACUACAGUAAGUUGCGAGAAACAAUCAAAGCUGGCAAAGGUGUGACUUCAGCUAUUGACCUGUGUCGUUACCAUGGAAACAAGGCACUAGCGGCCCUGGAGAGCUUCCCUCCCUCAGAGGCCAGAUCGGCUUUAGAAAACAUUGUGUUUGCUGUGACCAGAUUUUCAUGACACCAAAUUAAAAAGACACUAUUGUUCCUUAACUGAAAAACCCAGAAAAUGAGGUGGACAGGAGAGCUUUUCGUGAUGAAAAAAGUAACGUGUUUAAUGACUUUAGAAAUAUAUAUGUAUUUUGUUCCUGUCCUUUAUCUCGUGCUUAAUGAAUCUGUCCUUUGGAACCACCACAAACAGACCGAGAAGGGAAAGGUCACGCGGUUUUCACUUGUCACGCCAGAGCACACUUGAGGCUGCAGCAACAGAAAUAAUUAAUGAGGCUCGCUCCUGUGACCUCAGCAAAUGGACAGGAAAUAAGUCCUUAUUGAUUGGACCAAGCCCGGGAUGGCGCCAGGGCGGUGGCUGUGGUUUUCCUUCCAAAGAGGACAGAGCAAGCUGUAGCUGCAGGUGUCAAGCGAAGCACUGGAUGCCAGCCAGGGGAGACACAUCGAAACUGAUGGCCAGUCUAUUGUAGUGGAGAAUAGCGAGAUUUGUUAAGCAGAAAUCUGUGUUGCCUGCUGUCUUGAAAUCAUGUCUCUGUGCAUGUAGUGUGAGAGCCCUGUGCAUCCUCAUUUCUAUCUGAUUUGGGAGAGGUGAAGGAAAUGUUCAGUUGCCAAAUACUUGAAAUUGGAUAUUAAAGUGUUACCAAGUGUUGAUUCGACUGUA